AUGGAAGGUCUGAUUCCACUGGUUUGCAGGAGCAUCAAGAGGAGCAAAACUCGACAGCAGUACGAGUUUCUCUCUUCAGGGACUGCUGCUCACACCUUCAUCAUUCAAGACUUUUACCAGACUGGCGGCUACAACCAUUCAUCACCUGAGGCUGAGGCUGUGGAGGGUAAUAGGCACCGGCGGCACAAGUCUCUCUAUGCCCAAAAUGGUGGUGGCUUUUCGCCCGAUCUCGCCACUGCUAAGCCUGAAAAACUUGUGAGGUUCAGGAGCCACAGGAUGUUCUCAUGUGUAACUGGAGCAUAA